CCCCUCUCCACGAUCGAAUUCUUCCACCGCAGAUCGAACCUAUUCAAUUCUGUGGAGGGACGACGUCGUUUUCUUCAAUAAACCUAAUUACAUUUAGAAGUUGGUGUUUUCGUUGUGGCCGAAGCACAGAGGCGAAAGAGAAAUGGGGAAGACGACGUACAGGAGGCUGCAGGGGAGCCAGAACCUGAGGCAAAGGCUUUUGCUGGCGACGCUCUCGGCAAGUCCCGUUCUGAUAGAGGAAAUCCGCGCCGACGAGACUCUGCCUGGCCUUCGCCCCCACGAGGUCUCCCUCCUCCGUUUGUUCGAGAUGGUCUCCGACGACUGCGUUGUCGAAAUCAACGAAACCGGGACCAAACUGAAGUACAAGCCCGGCAUUGUGAUGGGUGGGAGACAUCUUGUACAUGACUGUGGUGUUAGUCGGUCCAUUGGGUAUUUCUUGGAGCCAUUGAUUUUUCUUGGUUUGUUUGCCAAGAAACCUCUUACGAUAAGGCUCAAAGGAAUUACAAAUGAUCCUAAGGACCCAUCUGUUGAUACAUUCCGGUCUACUACCAUUCCCUUGUUAAAGCGCUUUGGAGUUCCUUCAGAAGGAUUAGAUCUAAAAAUAGAGAGUCGUGGAUCUCCUCCCCAUGGAGGUGGAGAAGUUGUUUUGGCGGUUCCAAUUGUUCAAAGUCUAAAUGCUGUAACCUGGACCGAUUUCGGAAUGGUUAAGAGGAUUAGAGGAGUUACUUUCUCAACCAGGGUGUCUUCCCAGUUUGAAAAUACCAUGAUACAUGCUGCUCGUGGAAUUUUUAAUAACUUUAUUCCAGAUGUUCACAUCUUUACUGAUCAUAAAGCAGGCCCACAAGCUGGAAACUCACGCGGUUUUGGAAUUUCAUUGGUUGCGGAAACUAAUGCUGGUUGCUUCAUCUCUGCUGAUACUGCUGUUGCUUAUGCACGGACAGAAGAAACAAAUGAUUUUGAAGACGAGAAGAAAGAGUUGACGCCCCCCGGAGAUGUUGGCGAGCAAAUUGCUUCUGUACUACUUGGGGAGAUUGAGCAAGGCGGAGUGGUAGAUUCGACACACCAGGGUUUGUUAUUUCUGCUUUGCGCAUUAUGUCCACAAGAUGUUUCGAAGGUUCGGGUAGGAAAGCUUUCGCCCUACGGGAUCGAAUCGUUGAGACAAAUCAGAGAUUUUCUUGGUGUCAAAUUUGUUAUCAAGCCAGAUCCAUCCACAGGGACAGUUCUACUCAAAUGUAUUGGCUCCGGAUUCAAGAACCUAUCAAGAAAGGUGUCAUGAUGGUAGCUUGUACAAGUUAAUGAUUUCAUAUAUUAUCUGAUAUCUCAUAUAAAUCAAAGUAUUUUCAACGGGCCCUACAUGCAUCGACUUGGAAAGAAUUUUGUUCUCCGGCUUUAUAUGUCUUGUUGACUUGAAGUUUGACAUCAUCAUGUCAGCUAAGAUAUAAGGAGAGAGAUUUUGAUUUCUUUUCAUCAGGUUCUAAACAGAUGACUUUUUGUUGAAUAUAAACUUGAAAUAAGUAUGUAUCUUAGAUUCUUAGGCAUGCCAACAUGCACAUAUCAAACAUUUGGGAGGAAACUAUUAUUAUGUUUGGGUUGCAUGCAAUAGACUUGAUCUCGGACUUUAUUCCUAUACAGAAGUUUUCUAUUUUACAAUGUAA